UCAAAACCACAAAGAAAGCAGAAUUUAUACAACAAAUGUCAAAUAACUCACGUCAAGCUGCUUUAGAAUCACCAGCCCGUGGUGGUAGUGGUGAAAAUGCAAAUUUAAAACCCGUUCAAGUGAAGUUAGUACUUCUUGGUGAAGCAGCUGUUGGUAAAUCUAGCUUGGUACUUAGGUUCGUCAAUAAUGAUUUUCAAGAGAAUAAAGAACCAACCAUUGGUGGUAAGAAUUCAGUAUUGAUUUCAAAUAUAUGGAUUAAUAACUUUACAAAGUGUCGUUUAGAAGAUAAAGUAAUUAAAUUUGAAAUCUGGGAUACAGCUGGUCAGGAAAGAUUCCAUUCUUUGGCUCCAAUGUAUUAUCGAAAUGCUCAGGCAGCAGUUGUCGUCUACGAUGUAACAAAAGCUGCCUCACUUGACAAGGCUAAAUCCUGGGUAAAAGAAUUACAACGUCAGGCAAACCCAAACAUUGUUAUUGCACUUGCAGGCAAUAAAAUAGAUCUCGUUCAACCUGUUGAAGAAAGUGAAGAAGAAACUGGAGAAAGUGAGAGACAAGUACCCACUGAAGAGGCUAAAGCCUAUGCCCUUGAAGCUGGCUUGCUAUUUUUUGAGACUAGUGCGAAAAAAGGAGAUGGUGUUCGGGAUGUUUUUGUAGAAAUUGGUACGUUAUAA